AUGCCAAAGAAACUCUCAAAGAACCCUCUCCCUCCGAGCACCUCCACGCUCUCCUCCGUCUCCAUCACAUCGACAUCCUCCAACGCCGGCCUAUCCCUCCUGCCAGGCUCUCUCGCUGAUCCGUCUCUACCACUCCCCAAGCUCAUCGUUUUCGAUCUCGACUACACCCUAUGGCCGUUCUGGGUCGACACUCAUGUUACACCGCCGUUGAAGGCCAACUCAACACACACGAGCGCCGCAGACCGCUACGCUGAGGAGUUCUGUUUCUUCGACGACGUGCCCGAUAUCCUCUACGCGCUUCCGCGUGCAGGAUGCAAAAUCGGUGUCGCGUCGCGGACUUCUGCACCCAGCCUUGCGCGCGAUUUGCUUAAGAUGCUACAUAUCACCGCGCCGGAAGGUAUGCCGGAAAACGGGAAGCCCGAGAAGCCGAAGAAGGCCCUCGAUGUGUUUGAAGGCCUGCUAGAGAUAUACCCUGGGUGUAAAAUAAAGCACUUUGAGAGUCUGCAGAAAAGGACGGGAAUUCCUUAUGAGGAUAUGCUUUUCUUUGACGACGAGGCGAGAAAUAGGGAUACGGAGAGUUUGGGCGUGACCAUGUAUCUUGUAAGAGAUGGAGUUACAUGGAAAGAGCUCGAGAGAGGAGUGACGCAGUGGAGAAACAAGAGAGGGUUCAUCAAGAGGCCCGAUGCAGUCGAGCUGGCAUAG